AUGGCAAGACAAUCAUUAUCAAUGAGAGUUCCAAGGGCUCAUCGCCUAAUGCGACGGUGUUCAGUGCAGUUCAAAGAGCAGAAAACUAGAUUGUAUAUCAUGUGGAGGUGCACAAUUUUGCUUCUAAGGUGGGAUGAUAAACUUGAUAACUAA